UUCGAAAAAAGGAAUGUGUUUAUUUUAUUGAGAGUUCCCAGAUGUCAGAUUCUGGGAAGAUAGUGUGUGAGUGUGGCUAUCUUAGGGAACAGCAUUCAGAGGAGGCUAUGAAACCUGCCAUAUUCCAGGGAAAAGAAUGGGACCCCAGAAGACAUGUUCAAGAAGUACCAACAGAUGCUUUUGGGGACCUCUUUUUCACAGGCUUGGGUCAAAAAGUAGCAAAGUUUGUGCGUGUGUCCUCUGACACACCCCCAAGAGUCAUCUACCAGCUAAUGACACAACACUGGGGACUCGAUGUACCAAAUCUCUUAAUAUCUGUGACAGGAGGAGCUAAAAACUUCAACAUGAAGCCGAGACUGAAGAACAUUUUCAGGAGGGGGCUUGUCAAAGUGGCACAGACAACAGGUGCCUGGAUCAUCAGUGGUGGCUCUCAUGCUGGCGUUAUGAAACAAGUUGGGGAAGCCGUGCGGGACUUCAGCGUGAGCAGUAGCUACAAGGAAGGUGAGAUUGUCACCAUUGGCGUUGCCACGUGGGGGACCGUGCACAACCGCAACAGCCUCAUCUGCCCCACGGGCAGUUUCCCAGCGGAAUACAUGCUGGAUGAGGAGAGCCAAGGCAACCUCUCUUGCCUGGACAGCAAUCACUCACACUUCAUCCUGGUGGAUGAUGGGACACAUGGGAAAUACGGCAUGGAGAUCCCCCUGAGGACCAAACUUGAGAAGUUUGUUUCAGAGCAAACAAAGGUGAAAGAAGGAGUUGCCAUUAAGAUACCAAUUGUUUGUGUAGUCCUGGAGGGUGGCCCUGGGACUCUUGACACCAUCUACAAUGCAAUCACCAACGGCACCCCUUGUGUGAUUGUGGAAGGCUCGGGGCGUGUGGCUGAUGUGAUUGCGCAAGUGGCUAACUUGCCCAACUCCAAAAUAAGCAUCAAGCUGAUACAGAAGGAACUAACUAUAUUCUUCAAGGACUGCUAUGAGGAGUUCACUGAAAGUAAGAUUGUGGAGUGGACCAAAAAGAUCCAAGAUAUUGUGCGCAACAGGCAACUCCUGACCAUUUUCAGGGAAGGCAAAGAUGGGCAGCAGGACGUUGAUGUGGCCAUUCUGCAAGCAAUGCUCAAAGCCUCCCGAUACCGUGAUAAUUUUGGCCAUGAGAACUGGGAUCACCAGCUGAGGCUUGCAGUAGCAUGGAACAGGGUGGACAUUGCCCAGAGUGAAAUCUUCACCGAUGAUCAUGAGUGGAAGCCCUGUGAUCUGCACCCAAUGAUGGCAGCUGCUCUCAUAGCCAACAAGCCAGAAUUUGUGAAGUUGUUUCUGGAGCAAGGUGUGCGCCUGAAGGAGUUUGUUACCUGGGAUACCCUCAACUACCUCUAUGACAAUUUGGUGGCCUCCAGCGUCUUCCAUGGGAAGCUGCAGAAGGUGCUGCUGGAAGAGAAGGAGCGCUCGGCCUUCUCCAGAGUGCCCAGGGUCCAGCUGCACCACGUGUCCCAGGUGCUAAGGGAGCUGUUGGGGGACUUCACACAGCCGCUGUACCCCAAGCCGAAGAACACCGAGCGACAUCGUCUCUCCAUCGCCGUGCCUCAUAUCAAGCUCAAUGUACAAGGGGUGAGUCUUCGAUCCCUCUGCAAGCGUUCUGCUGGCCGCGUCGCAUUCACCAUGGAUCCCGUGAGGGACUUACUCAUUUGGGCAGUUGUCCAAAACCGCAGGGAGCUGGCUGAAAUCAUCUGGGCCCAGAGUCAGGACUGCAUUGCAGCAGCUUUGGCCUGCAGCAAGAUACUGAAGGAGUUGUCCAAAGAGGAAGAUGACACUGACAGCACAGAGGAAAUGCUGACCUUGGCAGAGGAAUAUGAGCACCGAGCCAUUGGUGUUUUCACUGAAUGCUACCGGAAGGAUGAGGAAAGAGCCCAGAAGCUCCUGAUCCGUAUCUCAGAUGCUUGGGGCAAAACCACCUGCCUGCAGCUAGCCCUGGAGGCCAAAAAUAUGAAGUUUGUGUCUCAUGGGGGCAUCCAGGCCUUCUUAACCAAAGUCUGGUGGGGGAAGAUGAGUGUGGAUAAUGGAAUCUGUCGGGUCAUCCUGGGCAUGCUAUUCUUCCCCCUGCUCUAUACUGGCCUCAUCACAUUCAGGGAGAAGAGGCUCCAGCCAAUGAGCUGCCUGACUCGCUUCCGAGCCUUCUUCACUGCUCCCGUGGUCAUCUUCCACCUCAAUAUUCUGUCCUACUUCAGCUUCCUCUGGCUCUUUGCCUACGUGUUGAUGGUUGAUUUUCAGCCAGUCCCAUCCUGGCGGGAGUAUGUCAUCUAUUUUUGGCUCUUCUCCCUGGUGUGUGAGGAAACGCGGCAGCUUUUUUAUGAUCCUGAUGGGUUUGGCUUCCUGAAAAUGGUUUCCCUGUAUCUCAAUGAUUUCUGGAACAAAUUGGAUCUUUGUGCCAUCUUCAUCUUUAUGGCUGGACUGAUGUGCAGAUGGAUCCCAGCCACUUUCUAUCCUGGAAGAAUCAUAUUGUCUCUGGCUUUUAUUAUAUUCUGCCUGCGUUUGAUGCACAUUUUCACAGUCAGUAAAACUUUAGGACCCAAAAUCAUCAUAGUGAAGAGAAUGAUGAAGGACGUCUUUUUCUUCCUCUUCCUCUUGGCUGUCUGGGUUGUGUCCUUUGGAGUGGCCAAGCAAGCCAUACUGAUCCAUAAUGAGAACCGUGUGGACUGGAUCUUUCGAGGCGUUGUUUACCAUUCUUACUUGACGAUAUUUGGGCAGAUCCCUUCCUACAUUGAUGGAGUGAACUUCAACCCGGAUCAGUGCAGCCCGAAUGGGACUGACCCAUACAAGCCCAAGUGCCCUGAGAACAAUGAGGCCAAUCAGCAGCCCAUCUUCCCCGAAUGGCUAACAGUCAUCUUGCUGUGCCUGUACCUGCUCUUCACCAACAUUCUCCUCCUCAAUCUCCUCAUCGCCAUGUUCAACUACACAUUCCAACAGGUGCAGGAGCACACAGAUCACAUCUGGAAGUUUCAGCGUCAUGACCUGAUUGAGGAGUACCACGGCAGGCCUCCUGCUCCACCACCCUUCAUCCUCAUCAACCACUUGCAGCUUUUUGUCAAGCGGGUACUUCUCCGGAAGCCAGCCACCCGUCACAAGCAGCUCAAAGAGAAACUCGAAAAGAAUGAAGAGACGUCACUCUUGUCUUGGGAGAUGUACCUGAAAGAAAACUAUUUGCAGCACCGGCAGUGCCAGCAGAAACAGAACACUGAACAGACGAUCCAGGACAUUGCCAAUAGGGUGGAUGUCCUGGCAGAAACACUGGACCUCACUCAGGUGAAAAGGACAGGGCUGGUGGAGCAGAGGCUAGCAUAUCUGGAGGAGCAGAUGCUCCAGUCUACAAAGGCCUUGCAAUGGAUUGUUCACUCACUUUGUAGUAGUGGGUUUGGAUCGGAGGACGAUGCUCCCAUUAUGGUCCCCAGCAGAACUCCCAAGAUGAAGGAGUACCUUGAAGAGGAGGGCUCAGAAACUUUUCAAGCUCUAUACCACGUGAGCGCCAGGAACUUCUCUUAUCCCAGUUCCACUGCUGUCCGCUUUCCAGUACCUGAAGAGAAGGUGCCGUGGGAG